UGCCAGCCAAUGAGUUAACUGUUAAACUAGUCAAUUCGACCGAAUCUAAGAAAAGCCCCAGCGUGGGUCGCUUUUAGCACAAUGACGCGCUUGUUGUGCCUGAAUGUGAUUGCUGUGUUGGAACUUUUUCUUCUUUUUUUCAACCCACAGCUGCUUCAUGUCCGCGACUACAAGCCAAACAAUUCUGCCCACUGUAUUACUUUUACAGCCUAACACCGAAGCCAUAAAACACGGGAGCAUGAAUUACAGAGAGGAGCUGGCACGGUGACAGGACUUUAGAGUGCAGAGCUGACGCACUAAAACCCAACAUAGAAAGAGGAGAGAGAGGGAAGCAGGGCAGGAGGAGGGACAGCAGUCAGCCAGCCCCAGUCGGGCGUCAGUGCUUCCAUGCGACCGGUCUUCGCAUGCGGCUCGAAGUCAACAAGAGACGCGUAAACACGCGCGGGAGCCGUGGAUGUAGGACCCGAAGGAGGAUGUGAGCGCUUCCGGAUUACUUGCUUUGUUCGCCGUCUGCUUGAGUUCCGGCCACCGUGGGCUACUUGGUGGGGAUGGGCCCAGCCUCCCUGCGGGACCUGGCCAUGAGCGAGUCCGGCCAGGAGGCGGAGGGCUACGGCUGCCUCCUGCAGGCGGGAUGCCAGCUGGAAAACACACUGCAGCAAGUGAGCGUUCCCGUGAGCAUGAAGGAGGUGGGAGGCUACAUCGAGAAGCAGGUUGCCUAUCUCUCAGGCGGGCGCGGGGAAGACUCCAGUGUCAUCAUCACGCUCCCGGAAAGCUCGGCCUUCAGGGAUAUUCCCGAGGAGGCCUUGGCUAAAGUAUUUACCUACCUCACGCUCAUCCCUCGAACAAGGCAACCAGGUGUGAAGUUUAUCAUCAUUUUAGACCGAAGACUGGACACUUGGGCUUCCAUCAAGACGGCGCUGGCACGAAUAGCAGCCUCCUUUCCGGGGAACCUCCACCUGGUCCUGGUGCUCCGCCCCACCAGCUUCUUCCACCGCACAGUCACGGACAUCGGCUUCCGCUUCAGCCAGGAGGACUUCAUGCUCAAGAUGCCAGUGGUGAUGCUGAGCUCCGUCACGGACCUGCUAAAGUACAUCAACGAGAACCAGCUGACAUCAGAGUUCGGGGGAACGCUCGACUACUGCCACAGCGACUGGAUCGUUUUAAGAACGGCCAUCGAAAGUUUUGCUGUCACGGUCAAAGACGUGGCGCACAUGCUGCAGGCUUUCGGUACCGAACUGGCUGAGGUGGCUGUGCCAGGACAGGGCGACGCCAUCCGGAAUCUUUUAGAGUCUCACAAUGAGAAAUACAGAAAGCUCAAGGAGGCCAUUGGAUCGUUAUCACAAGAGGGGCAACAUCUUCUCUCCAGCCUGGAGACCACCACCAGCAGCAGUACCGCUAGGGAUGACCAUGAGCCUCACUGGGACAUCCAGCUGGACUGGGAGACGGUUCAAAGGCUCUUGGGUCAACUAAGAGACAUGGAGUUGGCCUUUGACGGUUACUUUGAGAAGCACCGUCUCAAACUGCAGCAGUACCUGCAACUACUCGCAUAUGAGCAAAGCUUUCAUGAGAUGGAGUCUUGUCUAGCGCAUACGUGGUCUCAGCAAAGCCAACUUUCCUCCAGCGUCGACACACUGGAUCAGGCUGAGCAGGCUCUCAAACAACUCGACUCUUUGGAGUCAAUCGCUCAGGAGGCGAUAUCCAGCGCGCAGACUGUCAUCCUCCACGGGCACCAGCUAUCGGCAGGUCACCACUACGCCACUGCACUCAUCAUGCAACGCUGCAACGAGCUGCGGCAUCGCUGCGACACCCUCCACGCUGCGCUGGGGGAGCGACGCGGUCGGCUCCUGCGAGCGCAGCGACUGCUCGUGUCGCUCCAGCAGGCUCAGACCUGGUGUGACGAUGGAGCCUACCUGCUGGCUAAUCAGCUUGUAGAGAAGUUCCAGUCAAAGGAGGGCGCGCGAACUGCUUUGAAGGCCAUCGAGGGCUUCCUGGAAGGCUCGCCACCCGUGAUGACAUCAGGACCUGACAUUUUGGCUCUGGAGUAUGAAGACAUCAUGACGCCUCAGUUGCAGAUGAAGUUGAAUCAAACCUUUGAAAAGCACACGGCCGUGCAGCAGAUGAUCCAGAACCGGCAGGUGGGUCUGAGGAAGCUGGCUGACAAACACGUCCGACCAGUCCAGCUGGUGGCUCCCCGUGCUGAGAACCCACCUCGCUCCAAAUCGCCCAUCUUUUCCCCUAAGCACGCUGACGGCUUAAAAUUCACAUUUGAUCUCCCUCUGCCUGGAAAAAGGGCAUCACGAAAAGGCCCCAACGCUCGCAAAAUUGAGGUCAUCCACGACUACCAGGAGAACCGCAGCUGUGUUUCAUAUGGCGUGGAGGGAGAGGACAGCCCGCGUGUCCUCAAACGUCAUGUGAUGAGGGAGCUCAUCGAGACAGAAAGGAUCUACGUGGAAGAGCUGCUAUCGGUCCUUCUGGGCUACAAGGCAGAGAUGGACGACCCGCUGCUGGCGGCUCUGCUGCCGCCCGUCCUACGCGCCAAAAGAGCCGUCCUUUUCGGAAACAUGCCUGACAUCUACGACUUUCACAGCAGUGUGUUCCUCGGGGACCUAGAAGGAUGUCUGGAUGCUCCUGAAGGCGUGGGAGUUUGCUUUCUUGCAAGGAAGGAGAACUUCCAAAUGUACGAAUGCUACUGCCAGAAUAAACCGCGUUCCGAUGCUCUGUGGCGACAGUUUUCUGAUUGCGCCUUCUUUCAGGAGUGUCAGAAGAAGCUGGGCCACAAACUGGCUCUGGAUUCAUACCUGCUGAAACCCGUGCAACGCCUCACCAAGUAUCAACUGCUGCUCAAGGAGUUGCUGAAACACAGCACUGACUGCGAUGGAUCGUCUGAGCUGCAGGGGGCGCUAUCAGCCAUGCUGGACCUGCUCAAAUCUGUCAACGACUCAAUGCAUCAGAUCGCCAUCACUGGAUAUGAGGGGGACAUUUGUGAGCUGGGUCGCGUGUUGAUGCAAGGAUCAUUCAGCGUGUGGAUGAGCCAUAAGAGGGGCCCCACUCGCGUGAAGGAGCUGGCCCGCUUCAAGCCAAUGCAGCGCCACCUCUUCCUUUACGAGAGUGUGCUGCUCUUCUGCAAGAAGAGGGAAGAGCACGGAGACGGUGGCGACAAGACACCCUCCUACGCCUUCAAGAACCGCAUCAAGUUGACAGCUGUAGGGAUCACAGAGAACGUCCGAGGAGAUCCGAGAAAAUUUGAGAUCUGGUACAGCGGUAGAGGAGAGGUCUACGUGGUUCAGGCUCCGAACAUUGAGGUGAAGACGUCCUGGCUCAGCGAGCUGCGCCGAAUCUUGACCAACCAGCAGAAGUUGCUCCGAGAUGAAGUUCAUCAAAACGGACAACUGGUCGACCGAAUGCAUCUUUCUACACCACCUUGUGAGAGUAAGCAAGAGAGAGCGUCGGUGAGCUCGGAGGACACGGAGUCGGGAAGGGGCAGCCCAGAUGCCCGGCGGCGCGAUCCAAAACACCAGCUCAACCGCAGGAGCUGGCCUGGAGCUCACCAUCAUUCGGCGAACAUCUGUGAAGCUCUGGACGAAGCAAACACUCGGGAUGCUUUCCACCAGCUGGAAACACAACCCAAACUGUCUCAAGGCAGAUAUCGGGCAUUGGCAGACUUCCUACAAAACGGACCAGAAAGCUUCCUCAUCAAAAGUGGAGAUGUCAUCCAGUUGGUGUGUGAAGACAGAAAAGGCCGCUGGCUGGUGAAGAAUCUAAGUCGACACCAAGACGGCUUCGUCGCGUCCUCAAGUCUGCAAUUGGUCAUAAGAGGGAACGGUCCAGAUGGCUCCUGCAGACUCAGGGAAACAGGCAACGUAAGGGCCAGAAAGCUCAGCUCUCCAUAGAGAGGAACGCACGCCAGCAGACCAAAGACGACGUUUUGCGGCACUUUAUAAUCUUUGUAUUGACAAUCCACACUGGCGCAAAGACUGCAGAAGUGUUGCUGCUUUCCAAGGAUUCCAUUGUGUGCACGUGGCAGGAAGCAGCUCACGAGUGCCAUUUUUUUUUUUUUUAAUGAGACCAUCUUCUCAACAAAGAACCAUUGUGGCCUUUGUGUACAUUUGCCGUCUUGGUUGCUGCUUCUUUCUGUGUAUGAACUCAGUUUCAUUACAUUGUUUAUUCACAAAACGCUGCAGAUUUUGCACAGAUUUUCCAAACAUGGAAAACAAAACCAAUAAAAGCUUGAAGUGUUGAUUUAUCCACUUUAGCCAAGAAGUCUUGGCUACGAAUGUCUUUUGAAUGCAACUGAAUGGUUUCUAGGUACGGAUCUGCUAUUCAUCGCAAUAAUUACUGUGUAAGUAAAGUUAAACUUUUGAUAAUGAUAAUGUUUCACAAAUGCAGUCUAUAAACUGACGUAAUCAGUCUACCAUUUACAAGGUUUGAUUAAAACAUACGCAAAAAAAAAAUAUUGUGGCAGAUUGUCUUUGUGUCUUCUUUUCUUUCCUUAAGAUUACAGUGUAUGGAAGCCCAGGAGUGCCAAAAUUAAAGAAAUACAUAAUUAAACGUGGCAAUAAAUAUUUUUCUCGGGAGAAAAAG